AUGCCAGAACAUCAUCUAACCUGCAUUCCACAUCAACCCUACAGCGCAGCAAGGCAUGCAGACCUCCUGAUUGACCUUUACUAUCUGGAUCCUGACACACCUAUGAUGAUAUUCACCUCGGACUAUAGUUGUUUAGCAAGUGGAAAAGGUUGCAAGAUCCCCGUAUUUAUCGGGGGUCCCCUGAUGCUCCUACGUCGUAGGCAGGGCGAGGAGAUUGCCAACAGCACCGACUCCUUCAUCAGCCGUAUUUCUGGCCGUCCGGCACUCCAUCCAACUCCAGAGAUCUGCCAGUGUGAGGUGUGCCAAGAGGUGAAGUGGCUCCUCAAGGACUGUCGAUGCUACGAUGACUGCCAAGCUCGAUGGUGUUCACGGGACAGUGUCUUCCUCUUUGAAAUUCUCAAAGAGGUGUUGAGUCGACUGAAGCAAAAAUUAGUACCCUACUCUUUGAUGCACUAUGAAUUCGUCAAGAUAAGCCAGUUCUUUAUUCCCCAAGCUGCCUGUCCCCCCGGCACCGAUGAUGAGGCGUCGUUUAAGCCGAAUGAGGAGUUCGAGGUCUUCCUCAAGAUGCAAUCCUUCCUUAUCCUCAGGGAUUUACAAAAUCAGGACAUCUACACUGAUGUCCUCUGCUGUGUAAUGACGAAUCUGCAACGCAUGCUUCGAGCCUAUGUAAACGGUGAAUUGAAAUGUGCGGAGGGGAAGCAGGAGGACUCAGACUACAUUUUUCGUGCACUCGGUAAAUUUCCAACGGAGGUGUCAAGAGCAAUGACCGGUCUCUCCGCUGCCCUCUCGCCACGUAUAAUUGACCUAAAGAAGCAUUACUACGUGCCUUGCGAAUUUAUGACGUUUGUUUCAGCCCGAGACGAGCUGGAUUCGUACUUGUGGGCUGCAAUGAACUGCAUGAGAAGCCUCUUGGUAGCGAAUUUGAUAGAGCCCUUUGACAGGAGUGCUGAAUACAAAGUAAGACAGGCAAUUAUGUCAGAUGAGGCUGUUAAGGAGUACGUUGAGACCGUAAACAAGGUUUAA